AUGAAUCCAAUCUUCAAGGCUGUUGACUGGUGUGAGGAUGAUGAUCAACAACAGAAGAAUGACCGAUCGUCAUCGCUUGAUGUUCUCGGCCAGGAUAAGGUCACUCGAUGGAUGAGAGAUGGUAUACAGGUUCUCUAUUGCGACCAUCUGCCUGACAUCUCCAGUGUAGCUCGUCCAAUCGACAAAUGUGGUAGCUACAUGGAUAUGCUUCAGCUAUGGACUUCAGAUUUGGAUGUCAGCACGAAUACCAGGGAAACUUCCUCAGAAACCCAAGUCGACCGCACCGUGUCACUCGAAGAACAACAAGCCAAGGAUAUUGAACGCGAAAGGGCAUUCCACGACUCACUGACUAGGGCUGGGGGGCGGCCUUGGUAUUCAAGGACCCUUAUUGCUCAUGUUGCGAGAAACCCGGGCAAUUACGACGAGCUUCUUCAAUAUUGGAAGAAGGACCCCACCGAGUCAGAGAAGGGACAGUGGAUGGUGUUUGAACGACAACUGGAAAGGUGGAACCUGUUCUGCAGGUAUCAAAGGAGGGCAAGGAGAAACUCGGAUACUUUCAAGGAAUAUUCAGCCCGAUGCAACAGGCGGCUCUCUAACCAAUUGUCAUCUGCAGCACUGGAUAUGAAGCAGGACCUGAAUGACCAAGACUCUCUGUCACAAUGGCUUGAGUAUCUGUGCUUUGAGCUAUCUGAGUGUAAAAGGUACUCGUGGUAUAAGCGGUAUCACCAACAUUACGAAAACGCCUGGCGAAUACUUGUCGACUCCAAGGUACUACACUCAGAUGAAAGUCGAAGUCAGGUAGAGACUAUCGAAUAUGCAUCCUUACACAACGACGAGAAGACGAAUUUGAGACAAGCUGUCGAAGCGGCCAGCUCAGAGGUUUUGUUGGCGGAAAGAGACUCUCUGAACCCGUCGCUAAGAGGACCUUUGGCUCAACGUAAGCUAUUCGAAGCCCAGGCUAACCUCGACUCGGCAAUUGAGGCAUUUGAUCGGCUGCAGCAUCGAAUAGAUGCGAUUAAAAAGUACCGCGAGGCUACAUCGACAUAUAGAGAAGCAAGGCAGGGGGCUCAUCGCCAUCAAAUCCUUUUAGGAUGGGUGCAGCAACAAAUACCUUUGAUUGAGAAAGAGCUGGGACUGUCGUGCUCAACACAGCGUCUAACGCUGGAUGGCGAUAUGCUCACGGAAACUGAGAGCGACGAGAGCGACGACCAGGGUGACAGCAUUGACUCUUCUUGUACUUCGUCAGUAUGCGAGCCUAGUGGAUUGCAGCGAAGCGAGAGCAAGAAACGAUGCCGCCUUGAGAGCAUCUCAGGUGAAGCCACACAGAGCAGUAACAACAACAACGCCCGUCCAAAACGUUCAAGACAUAGUGUCGACUCUGACUCUAGACCCACGACCGCGACCACCACCACCACGACAGCUUCUCCAGAUAUCCAUGUUCCUCCCGUGCACCCGUCUCUCCUUCAGCCUCGCGUAGCUGUGGUUCUCAAUGUUCCUACACCAUGGCAUCCUUGGCUCUUUGCCCUACGGCUGUUGUCCAUCCUGCCGGCACUAUGGUGGGGAUUGCCUUCUGCGGUUCAAUUGCUCUUGCGUGUCCUGCCGGGACCAGAAAUAGUCGUUGUGGUUCCGUCGACGGCGGGAGGAUCCGUGGCUAUGAGCGUUGAGCAAGAUGCGCGGUACGCUCUUACUGAGACUGGGCUUGCAACGAUAUGGUGCUUUGCUUCAGGAUAUCUAUCAUUCUUCUUUACAGACUGCCUAAUGUCCAGAUGGCUCAUCAAUUACACUCCCCAGGCGACAAUGGUCCGGCUUCUCACGACCAACAUAUGUAACGCCUAUCUCACCCAAAUUGUUCUCUCGAUCGCGGGUGGUUUUGAAGAUCCUCGUCUCUUCCUACCAGGCUGGAUUGGUAUAGCAACUACUCUUACUGUUAUGUACCACAUCACUCACCAAAAGAUCAACAUUCGCAAGGAGACGUCUACAUCCAUCAACGUCUUUUCCAUAGCCAGUUUUCUUAGUAUGGUAACUCUGCUGGCGCAUAUGCACCAGUUCACGCCUGAAUACCCUCAGAUGCCAAUAGUAACAAAUGGUCGGCGCGCAUGGGAUGAGGCAUCGCGUGUUGUCGCCCAGGUCAGAGGUAGCGUUGAGCAACAUAACGACUUGUAA